UCGUCAUCACGAAUCAGAGCCUUGGAUCAGCACGAUCGUAGAAUUGUACAACGACUAAACACAGUUGGCGCGACGGUCGCCGGUAGUUAUUUAUCAUUUGCAGCGCAAGUAAAGUGCCUACAGACAAACUUCCUAGUAUUGAUACAAGAGUGCACUUUUAACACAGUUGUUCUUGCUUUUGUGUCGAGGUAGUAAAUACUGAAUAGUCGUUUGAUGCUGCACAGUAUACUAAUUUAAAUAUCUUUGAUUGAAAGGAAAAGUCGUCUGUUAUUGUUUUGUUUGGGUAACUUAGCCUUGUCUUUGUCAAAACCACAACCACAUGGCUCCUACUGCUUCAAGCUCAGAGAAUGACUAUGAUCUGGUGGUGGUGGGAGGCGGCUCGGGGGGGCUAGCCUGCGCCAAGGAGGCCGUCUCGUAUGGCAAGAAGGUGGCAGUCCUGGACUUUGUGACCCCGUCACCGCACGGCACCACCUGGGGGCUGGGCGGCACCUGUGUCAAUGUCGGCUGUAUACCCAAGAAACUCAUGCAUCAAGCCGCCUUGCUCGGAGAGGCAGUCAAGGAGGCCAUUGAUUAUGGUUGGGAAAUCAGCGAUCCCGAGGAGAUCAAGAUCAACUGGGAGAACAUGAGACAGGCUGUACAGAAUCAUGUCAAGUCAGUCAACUGGGUCACCAGGGUCAUGUUGCGAGAAAAACAAAUUGAGUAUGUGAAUGGACACGCAGAGUUUGUGGACGACCACAAAAUCCUGGCACGUUUGAAGAACGGCUCUGAGCGCACCUUGACUGCACAAAACAUAGUAAUAGCCGUGGGCGGCAGACCCAACUAUCCGGAGAUACCAGGAGCCAAGGAGUACUGUAUAACCAGCGAUGACAUCUUUAGCCUGGAGAAACCACCUGGCAACACUUUGGUCAUCGGUGCAGGCUAUAUCGGAUUGGAGUGUGCAGGGUUCCUCAGGGGAAUGGGUAUGGAGGCGACAGUAAUGGUGCGGUCCGUGGUGCUGCGCGGAUUCGACCAGCAGAUGGCGACUCUGCUCACACAAGAGAUGGAAGAUAGGGGUGUGAAGUUCCUGCAGCGGUGUAUACCUCUCAAAGUGGUCAAGGUGGAAAGUGGAAAGCUGCAAGUCCACUGGAAGAAUACGCAGGACGGAACGGAACACCACGGCCUGUACGACACUGUGCUGAUAGCUACUGGCCGCCGAGCCUUGACCUCGGAGCUGAAAGUUGCUAAUGCAGGAGUCAAGGUCGUUGAGAGUAACGCCAAGAUAGAUGCAGUGCAUGAACAGACCAAUGUUCCGCACAUAUACGCUGUCGGUGACGUUCUUCAUGCUAAGCCCGAGUUGACGCCAGUAGCAGUACAGGCUGGAAAGUUACUGGGGGCCCGGUUGUUCGGUAAAGGCAAAACUCAGAUGGACUAUCAGAACGUGGCCACUACAGUGUUCACACCUCUGGAGUACGGUUGUGUGGGUCUCAGCGAAGAGGAGGCUGUCAAGCAGUAUGGAGAAGACAAUAUCGAGGUGUACCAUGCCUACUACAAGCCCACAGAGUUCUUCAUACCCCAGAAGAGUGUGAAACACUGUUAUCUGAAGGUGGUGUGUCAGCGAGCAGCUCCUCAGCUGGUUCUGGGCCUACACUUCAUUGUUACAUGUAAUUUGUUAAGUAACUUGAGACUCUGCUGCAGGUGUACCAUGCCUACUACAAGCCCACAGAGUUCUUCAUACCCCAGAAGAGUGUGAAACACUGUUAUCUGAAGGUGGUGUGUCAGCGAGCAGCUCCUCAGCUGGUUCUGGGCCUACACUUCAUUGUUACAUGUAAUUUGUUAAGUAACUUGAGACUCUGCUGCAGGUGUACCAUGCCUACUACAAGCCCACAGAGUUCUUCAUACCCCAGAAGAGUGUGAAACACUGUUAUCUGAAGGUGGUGUGUCAGCGAGCAGCUCCUCAGCUGGUUCUGGGCCUACACUUCAUUGUUACAUGUAAUUUGUUAAGUAACUUGAGACUCUGCUGCAGGUGUACCAUGCCUACUACAAGCCCACAGAGUUCUUCAUACCCCAGAAGAGUGUGAAACACUGUUAUCUGAAGGUGGUGUGUCAGCGAGCAGCUCCUCAGCUGGUUCUGGGCCUACACUUCAUUGUUACAUGUAAUUUGUUAAGUAACUUGAGACUCUGCUGCAGGUGUACCAUGCCUACUACAAGCCCACAGAGUUCUUCAUACCCCAGAAGAGUGUGAAACACUGUUAUCUGAAGGUGGUGUGUCAGCGAGCAGCUCCUCAGCUGGUUCUGGGCCUACACUUCAUUGUUACAUGUAAUUUGUUAAGUAACUUGAGACUCUGCUGCAGGUGUACCAUGCCUACUACAAGCCCACAGAGUUCUUCAUACCCCAGAAGAGUGUGAAACACUGUUAUCUGAAGGUGGUGUGUAAGCGAGCAGCUCCUCAGCUGGUUCUGGGCCUACACUUCAUUGUUACAUGUAAUUUGUUAAGUAACUUGAGACUCUGCUGCAGGUGUACCAUGCCUACUACAAGCCCACAGAGUUCUUCAUACCCCAGAAGAGUGUGAAACACUGUUAUCUGAAGGUGGUGUGUCAGCGAGCAGCUCCUCAGCUGGUUCUGGGCCUACACUUCAUUGUUACAUGUAAUUUGUUAAGUAACUUGAGACUCUGCUGCAGGUGUACCAUGCCUACUACAAGCCCACAGAGUUCUUCAUACCCCAGAAGAGUGUGAAACACUGUUAUCUGAAGGUGGUGUGUCAGCGAGCAGCUCCUCAGCUGGUUCUGGGCCUACACUUCAUUGUUACAUGUAAUUUGUUAAGUAACUUGAGACUCUGCUGCAGGUGUACCAUGCCUACUACAAGCCCACAGAGUUCUUCAUACCCCAGAAGAGUGUGAAACACUGUUAUCUGAAGGUGGUGUGUCAGCGAGCAGCUCCUCAGCUGGUUCUGGGCCUACACUUCAUUGUUACAUGUAAUUUGUUAAGUAACUUGAGACUCUGCUGCAGGUGUACCAUGCCUACUACAAGCCCACAGAGUUCUUCAUACCCCAGAAGAGUGUGAAACACUGUUAUCUGAAGGUGGUGUGUCAGCGAGCAGCUCCUCAGCUGGUUCUGGGCCUACACUUCAUUGUUACAUGUAAUUUGUUAAGUAACUUGAGACUCUGCUGCAGGUGUACCAUGCCUACUACAAGCCCACAGAGUUCUUCAUACCCCAGAAGAGUGUGAAACACUGUUAUCUGAAGGUGGUGUGUAAGCGAGCAGCUCCUCAGCUGGUUCUGGGCCUACACUUCAUUGUUACAUGUAAUUUGUUAAGUAACUUGAGACUCUGCUGCAGGUGUACCAUGCCUACUACAAGCCCACAGAGUUCUUCAUACCCCAGAAGAGU